AAGAUGGUGGUGUACGCUUAUCUUGGCAAAUUAGAAAAUGCUCACUGACAGGGAUGUAAACGAAUGUGUGCAAAACAUUUUAGAGAAAUUAGCUUUUUGUGCGUAUGGAACAUUUCUGGGAUCUUUUGUUUCAGCUCAUGAAACAUGGGACUAACACUGUUACGUUUAUAUUUUUGUUGAAUGUUAUAAGCGUUAUUGGACUGUUUUGAAUCGUGUAUUUCGCUAUUGUUGCGUGUCAUGUGUAUUAAAACGUUGUCUACUUCCGGUGCAUUUUUUCGGGUCUGUUUGGACGUGUGCUACUAGUAGAAAAAUGGCCUCCGACAAGCAAAAUGAAGGGAAAAUAUUACCUAUGGACGAGAAUAAAGAAAAUGCAACGGAAGAUGGAAUAGGACUGGAGAUUCUCCAGAUCAUCAAGGAUUCCCAGCAACAACAUGGCUUGCGACACGGGGAUUAUCAAAGAUACAGGGGAUACUGCUCCCGGCGCUUGCGUCGUCUGCGCAAGACCCUGGGCUUCAAGUGCGGCAACAGGCACAAGUUCACUGGGAAGAAAGUGACUGUCGAGAUGCUUUCUGACAACCGGUACUCUGACAACAGGUAUCUACUGCUGGUACUGAUGGAGGCUGAGAGGGCGUGGAGCUAUGCCAUGCAGCUGAAGCAGGAGGCCAACACAGAGCCCCGCAAGCGCUUCCACCUGCUGUCCCGCCUGCGGAAGGCCGCCAAACAUGGAGAGAGGCUGGAGAAGCUGUGUGAGAGCCCUCGUGUGGAUGCCAAGACCAAACUGGAAGCACAGGCCUACACCUCCUACCUGAGUGGCAUGGUGCGCUUUGAGCUGCAGGAGUGGAAGGCUGCCACGGAGGCCUUCAACAAGUGCAAGACAAUCUAUGAGAAGCUGGCCAGUGCCUUUACUGAGGAGCUGGCAGUGCUGUAUCACCAGCGUGUGGAGGAGAUCUCGCCCAACAUCCGCUACUGUGCUUACAACAUCGGUGACCAGAACGCCAUGAAUGAGCUGAUGCAGAUGAGGCUCAGUGCAGGAGGAGGAGGAGGCAUGAUGGCUGAGAAACUAGAGGCCCUGAUCACACAGACGAGAGCCAAGCAGGCAGCCACCAUGAGCGAGGUGGAGUGGCGAGGCCGAACGGUGCCCGUCAAGAUCGACAAGGCCCGCAUCUUCCUGCUGGGCCUGGGUGACAACGAGGCCGCCAUCGCCCAGGCAGCCAAUGAGGAGACCAAGGAACGUCUGUACGAGACCCUACUAGCCGAGUGCAGAGACACCAUCCAGGCUGUGAGAGAGGAGCUGAAGACUGAAGCGAAGCAGCGAGAGAGAUCUGAUGAAGCCAGUGGCAAGGUGUCCAACCUGCAGUUCCUGCACAGCUACCUGACCUACAUCAAGCUGUGGACGGUGGUGAAGAGGAACGAGAGCAUGGCCCACAUGCUGCAGGCCAAGCUGAAGGAGCCGCAGAUGGACGAAAACAAACGGGGCCCUCGCCCCCAGGACCUCAUCCGCCUGUACGACAUCAUCCUCCAGAGUCUGGCUGAGCUGUCCACCCUGCAGGGGCUGGAGGAAGAUCACACCUUCCAGAAGGAGGUGGCCCUCAAGAUGCUGGUCUACAAGGCCUACAGGUGUUUCUUCAUAGCCCAGUCGUACGUGCUGGUGAAGAAGUGGAGCGAGGCUCUGGUCCUGUAUGAGCGGGUCCUGAAGUACGCCAAGGAGGUCCAGUCCAAGGCUAAGAGCCUCAACAACAGCCUCAAGGAUCUGCCUGAUGUGCAGGAGCUGAUCACAGAGGUCAACGCUGAGAAAUACUCGCUUCAGGCGGCGGCCAUCUUAGACACGGAGGAUGCUCCUGAAGCACCCUCUCAGCAGAAGGUGAAAGACAACACGCCUCUGUGUGAACGUCUGGAUACCUUCCACCUGGACCCCACCCUGGUGGGGAAGCAGCCCAACCUGGUCCAGUUCCCCCCUGACUUCCAGCCCAUCCCCUGUAAGCCCCUCUUCUUUGACCUGGCUCUCAACCACGUGGCCUUCCCACCCCUCGAAGACAAAGUGGAACAGAAGGGCAAGGGCGGCCUGACCGGCUACAUCAAGGGCAUCUUCGGCUUCGGCAGCUAAAUUGAGUCCCAGGCUUCCGUGAAGCCUUCAGGUUGGAAGCAGCCAUGGGCCCCCAUGAUAUUGAUAAACGGGCUGAGUGGGUUUCUAGAAAACUUUCUCCACCUGAACUGUGGAAAUAAUGUCUGUGUCUGGAAAUGGUACCCUGUUCCCUUGUGUAGUAGACAACUUGGUCAAAAGUAGUGCACUGCAUAGGGUAUAGAGCUCCAUUUUGAAAGCUACCAGUUUGAGACUUCCAUGUUCUAGAGGUUUCCAGGCCUUGUGUUUGUUGCCUUCAACAACCCCCAACACACUUUACAGAGGGAAACAAACCCAAUUGACUUUUUUUUUAACUCUUAAAAGCGCCUUGAUGUACUCAGUCUCGAUGUCAGUAUACAGGAGGGAGGGAGAGGAAGUGUUGUAUCAAUCACUAUCAAAAAGGACAAACUGUAUAAAUGCAGGCACACAGGGUAAAUCCGCGACCAAGUCUCAUAACACGUUCAUUUCUGAUCGUGGUCAUACUGUCUAAAUUCUGUCACCUCUGUAUUGCCUCAACUGUCUUAUGACUGUAAUAUCUAGAUUGUGAGACAAGUUCUCAAUAUAGAGAAUAAUAUAUCCGCCUGUCUUGUCCUGCACGCCGUUGUGGCACCAAUACAUCUCUGCAUGGUUGACAGUUAACGACUAGACCUCAGGAUUGAAAUGGUCCUGUUAAUUUCCUUAUACAACAAUGGGGUUCAGUGGCCAAUAACUUUAUAUUCGGUCCAGGAAAGGACUCUAUAAUGUGUUUAUAUUCUCUAAUGACAUGACUUUUUAAAACAUUUUAUGUAAGUUCUGUGUGUGUCAAAAGACAGAAUGACCUUUGAGGUCAAAUGGGACUGCUUAGGAUUCAGUUUGGCCUCACCCCCUGAAAGUCUAGGAGGCAGCGUUCAUGAACUUCUGUCCAAAGCAACCCUAGUAUGUCUAGAAAUAUUGUUUUAGUACACACUACUUCAUUGUAUCAGUUGGCUCCUAUUCCAACAGGUUUUAAAUGGGAGGGAGCGGCACCCUUUUUGAGUGGCUAACACCUCUUCCGCUUUUCCAGUACCAAAGCCAGUUCUGUAAUCAAGAGCCUUUAGCUAUUCAAUGGACCUCCUAUUUGCAUUUGUCUAUGAUGACAAACCGUGUUCUACAGGUUGUCAAUUUACCUUCUGUCCUCUCUUCAAUCUAACUCUUUGUUUUCUCUUUAAUUCGGGGUUAUAUAACUCUUAUGCUUUUUAUUUCAAUUCAUUUUUUUUUUUUCAACGUUGUCAUGUAUUAAUAAACAGGAUUUGGGUGAUGAUGCGUGUUGGAAUGGUUUCACACAUCACCCAAGAUGCCUGAAAAAUGAAUUCUGUAAACUUGAUUUGAAACUGAAGUGCAGUAUUGAAAGAGAAAAUUGUGAAAUGGAUCGUUUUCUGGCUUCUCAUUUAAAAAAACGAGACAUUUGCGGCAAACAUGA